AUGGCCGUGACGACAGAGACAAAGCAGAGGACCCGGGUCCCGGUCCGCGACCUGGCCUCCUGGAUCCCCACGGUCCCGCCAUUUGAAGGCGAAGCCACCCUCGACGCAGCCGCCGUCGCCGCCGACUUCCUCGCGCGCUUCUCCUCGGCCGUCCGCCAGGGUGACUGGGACGCCUUCGGGGCGCUCUUCGUCGAUCAGUGCUACUGGAGGGACAACCUCACGCUGACGUUUGACAAGCGGACGCUGCACACGCGGGAGAAGGUUGUCGAAGCGUGGAGGACGCUGGCAGCGAAGCGCCAGCCGUCCGGAUUCUCCAAGGAGAAGAACGAGUACAUGACCAUGGACGCGGCGUGGGUGCGCUUCGGCCCCACGAUGGCGACCCUGGAUGUGCCGUUUGCGUUCCGGACCGAGGCACCCGCGUCCAGCUGUAUCGGGCAGGCGAAGCUCAUUCCCACGCCGGAGGGGGGGUGGAAGGUGUACAUCCUCGCCACGUCCGUGGUGGAGCUCGAGGACAAGCCCUUUGGUCCUCUGCCGCGGACGGCUCCGUCGCUCAUUGACGCAUCGCAGCGCGGCAAGUCCGCGGCACACGGUCUGCCCCGCAUCAAGGACGAUGCGGUUCUGGACGUCGUGGUUGUGGGCGGCAGCUGUAACGGCAUCGCCAACGGGAUCCGGCUCGACGCCGCUGGCGCGGAGUUCGUCGUGUUCGAAACGGAGGAGCAAGCGGGCGGGAACUGGUCGACCAGGAGAUACGAGAGCGUCAUGCUGCAUCACCCGGCCUUUAUGAUCCAGCUGCCGCAGUUCCCGGUGCCGGAGGGAUACCCGGAUUACCUCACCGGCAAGGAUCUGACGAGGUACUACUCCUCGGCGGUGGAGGAGCUCAAGCUGCCGUUCUUUGGCGGGGUGGAGGUAACCAGCAACGUCUGGGACGAGGGGAAGAAGCUCUGGAGCGUCACGGCGCGGAACCUGUCGACCGGCGAGACGAUGAAGGUCAGGGCGCGGAACCUGGUCCUCUCGACGGGGUUCGUCGUCGGCAAGGACAACCUCAAGAUUCCGGCGCUGAAGGGGCGGGAGCUGUUCAAGGGGCCGGUGCUGCACACCUCGGACUUCCGCAACACGGAGGGCUACCGGGGCAAGCGCAUGCUGGUCGUCGGGUCGGGCAACUCGGCGCACGACGUCGCGGGGACGCUGGCGCAGGACCCGGAGGUGACGAGCGUGACGCUGCUGCAGCGCAGCCCGACGGUGCUCCUCGACUUUGAAACCAUGGCGCCCGUCGUAACGAUGCGGUACCGCGGGGACAUGCCCGUCGACACGGCGGACUUUGCCGAGGGGGCGAUGCCAAUCGCGGUGCUGCGGGACGUGUUGGCGGCGAUGAUUGGGGGCAUCAUCGCGGCGACGGAGGCGCGGUGCAAGGAGCUCGAGGGGGUCGGGUACAUGGUCGACCGGGCGCCGAAUCUGAUGGCGAGGCUGUACGAGGACAGGGGGCGGUCGUUUUACAUUGACCACCCAAAGACGUUUGACCUGGUGUUUGGGGGCAAGAUCAAGAUCGCGCGGGGCGAGGCGAGGGGCCUCGUGGAGGACGGGGUCGUCGUGGUCGACAGGGAGACGGGGGAGGAGAGGGUCGUCGAGGCUGACGGGGUCGUGCUGGCGACGGGGUACGACGCGGUGGACUUGCCGCAGAGGUACAAGGAGAAGGGGUUCCUCGACGCGAGGUCGGCGGACAGGUUGGUCAAUGUCAGCUUGUUCGGCGUGGACGGCGAGGGCGAGGUCCCGGGAGUGACGACGUUUUCUGGGCACCCGAAUCUCUACUUCUCUGGCGUGGGACUUUUCCUUGCCCGCGCGACUUCGAGGCUCACCGCCAUUCAGGUGAUGGCCGACGUCACCGGACAGUUUCCCGAGAGAUACGCUCGGUCUUAG